AUGGUCAAUAUCGAGAAAGUCUGGUUCGAGCAUCACGAACCCAACGCCAUUGGAAUUGGGGAAUCCGCACCACGUAUCUCAUGGACGAUUGUAGGCGAUGAUAAAAGUUGGGAGCAAGCCAGCUAUGAACUUCAAAUCAAGCGUGAUGGUCAAGAAACAGAGUCCGUGGUGGUUGAGUCAACCGAAUCGCGACUCGUACCUUGGCCCGGCCAGGUAUUAAGCUCGCGGGAGCACGCAACAAUACGCGUGCGAGUGACCAGCAAUCUCGGAGUCGUUAGUGAAUGGUCAGAUGUCUUCAUAGUAGAGGCAGGCAUUCUAUUCCCAGGGCAUUGGGAAUGUCUCCUCAUUGAGCCCAACGACCCCACCGAAACAUCGCCUCAAAAACAUCGCUCAGUCACCUUCCGACGUCGCUUUUCCUUGCCAAAUAAUUCUGAUAUUGCUCGAGCGCGUCUAUACAUCUCGGCACAUGGAAUAUAUGAGUCCCGAGUCAAUAAUUCUCGUGUAGGGGAUCAUGUCCUUGCACCUGGCUGGACCGCUUAUCAAGAAAGGCUUCAGUACCAGACCUUCGAUAUCAGUAAUCAAGUAUGUGUCGAUCAGGAGAACGAGAUUGAGGUUGAUGUGGGAGAGGGAUGGUUUUGCGGAUCACUCGCUUUCAUUCGCAGGAGUAAUAUCUAUGGUAAUCAUCUGGGGUUAAUUGCCAUGAUGAUUGUUGAACUCGAAAAUGGAGAGAGCUUCCAUCUGAACACUGAUGAAUCAUGGACUUGGGCUCAUGGAAGAAUUCUCGAUUCUGGGCUCCUUGAUGGCGAAACAUACGACUUUGGUCAGGUUUCAUCACCCUGCAAGUCAGUACAAGUCCACAAAUGUCCCUCAUUUACUCGUCUAGUUGCUCCUGAUGGCCCACCAAUUCGCGAAACACAAAAGCUUGAAGUCGAAAGGAUAAUUGUUUCUCCAACCGGGCGGUCGAUCCUUGACUUCGGGCAGAAUUUUGUGGGUUAUAUCAAGGUGGAGCGAGUCUCUGGAUCGGCUGGCACGACCAUUCAGUUCCGUUUUGCGGAGGUGCUAGAAAAUGGGGAAAUUGGAGUUUACACCCUCAUCCUUGAUGUAGGAGGCCCUACUACGUGGCAACCGAAGUUUACAUUUCACGGCUUUCGUUAUGUCGAAGUGAGUGGAUGGCCAGCGGGAUCGUCCCUCAAAAAAGAAGAUUUUAUUGGCAUCGUCAUUCAUUCUGAUAUGGAUUGCACUGGCCAUUUCCGUUGCUCGAACCCUCUGCUUAACAUGUUACAUGAAAAUAUUGUUUGGAGCAUGAAAGGGAAUUUUGUCGGGAUUCCAACAGACUGUCCUCAGCGUGACGAACGACUUGGCUGGACAGGGGAUAUCAAUGUUCUCGGUACCACCGCCAGCUACCUCUUCGACGUUACUGGUAUGUUGGCAUCAUGGAUGAAGAACUUGCUAGUUGAACAAAACGCUGCAGGGGGAGUCGUACCUCUCGCGAUUCUGGCCCAGGAAGAGGCAAUUUGGGGUGAUGUCACGAUCAUGCUACCUUGGACCUUAUAUCAAGCCACUGGAGAUCAAGAGCUCUUGUUACGGCAUUAUGAGAGCAUGAAAUCCUGGCUCAAAGCUAUCCCUCGUUCAUCCACCGGAUUAUGGAAGUACGACGGGUACAAAUUAGCCGACUGGCUAGACCCCAGUGCCCCGGCUGAAGCGCCAGCAAAUGCCAUGACAGACAUGUAUUUAGUAUGCGAUUUAUUCUUGGUUCACGCUACAUCUUUGAUGACGCAAAUAUCUGCCGCGUUGAGCAAGUACAGUGCAGAAAUCAAGCAGCUCAGGCAAGCGUUUGAAACUGAAUAUGUCACUCCUGCUGGUCGCCUCGCAUGUGACACUCAGACUGCAUACGCCCUCGCCAUACAAUUUGAUCUGUUCUCAUCUACAGAAAAGACGAGGCACACUGCUGAACGCCUUUCUCUUCUGGUCCGCCAACGGAGCAGGUUCAAGAUGUCCACUGGCUUCGCAGGAACGCCCUUUCUAGGCCAUGCUCUAAGUAAGGUCGAUAUGUCCAAUGUCUUCUACCGCAUGUUACUCCAUCGUGUGUGUCCUAGCUGGCUAUUUCCCGUCACUAUGGGCGCAACGACAGUCUGGGAACUAUGCUUUUCGGACGGAUCGGUCAUCCCUGGUGAAAUUACCAGUUUUAAUCACUAUGCAUUCGGAUCUGUCGCCAGUUGGAUAUAUCAAACCAUCUGUGGCCUCAAAAACAUCGAGCCUGGGUGGAGGACAUUCCAGGUUGAGCCUGUCCCUGGCGGCGCUCGGCGAUGGGCUGAGGCUGAUCAUCGGAGUGCGUAUGGAUACUGCCGUGUUCAUUGGGAGAUCAGGAAAAGCACAACCGAGCCCGAAGAACAAUUCUGGCUGGAGGUGGUUGUUCCACCUAAUACAAAAUGUCAUAUUCGGCUGCCAGGAUCAACGUAUUUGGUUGUUGUAGGAUCAGGAAGAGUGGAAUUGGAAACAGCUUACCAUCCUCAACAAUGGCCGGCAAGAGCGGUACUACCCCCAUUCAGCCCAUCCAACGAUGAGCUUCCAAAGAUGAAGUUCUAG